AUGUGGCGCUUUUGCGUUUUGGUGGCUGCGGCCGCGCUGAUUGUGACCAGCCGCGCGCAGUACCUCGAUCAACACACCGAUGAGAGCAAUAGCUUCCGCAACAUGCUUCAGGGCAACAUCUGGCAGAGCUGGCGCGCGGGAUGGGCCUCGCAGGUGUCCCAUGUCGAGAUUCUCAUGGGAUCUCGCUUUCCCUGCGAAACCAUGUCCGGCACGCUCAUGGUCCGACGAGGCAUUCCUGCAAGCAUGGCUGAUGCCCUCGACGCCACGAAGGCUGUUUCCACCCAAUCUGUCGCAUCCAUUUGCGAGUCGACCGAUGCCACGGCUGAGUGCGCCAACAACGACUGCGUCGCCUGGCAUAGCUUUGAACUACAGACCCCUGUCUCCGUGGAUGCCGGAGAAACCCUGACGUUUAUCCUGACUGACAUGGUCUCGGCCGAUCUGACUCGUACUGCACGGGUUGGCGUCUCUCCAGCUGCCGAGAAUCACGGCGGCGCGGCCUCUCUUCUAGUCUCGCCCAAGUACAAAACCAAGUACACCCAGUACACCUUCCGAACCCGCAUGGCUUCGGACAACACCAAUCAGGGGGCUUCAAUCGAUGAGCAGGCCGCCGACAACUCGGCCGAUAGCACCAGCGACAACACUGGCAGCAGCAACGCCUCUGCCCUCUCCGCCCUUGGUCUUGCGGGCAUUAUCGUGCCCAUUGUUGUGCUCGGCAUUGUAAUCGUCGUUGUGGCCGCCAUGGUGCGCAUGCGUAAGAACGACCACUAUGCCAUCAACCCCCACGGCCUGGAUGAUGCCACCGAAACAUCCUAUGGCUCUCAGCCCUUGCCCGCCUGGUCAGAGGCCGGUAGUGCCGUGGAAUCCAUCAGCCUCGACACCCUCUCCGUUGGCUCCUCCCACCGUACCAUUCUUGCAGGCCCUGCUACAACUCGUCUGGCCGAGCCCGCCUCCAAGACUUCCACAGCUGGUCGCCGUCGUCAUCCCAUUUAUGUACAAUCUGCAGACACGGACCUCGACGACACCGUCAGCCGUGAUACGUGGGCGACGACUUCAGUGCACACGACGCAGUAUUACGAUUGGGGCUCGGAUGCCAACAGCGUAGCUCCGGUCGUCGAGUCGCUGGCCGGCAACGAGUACGAAGUUUAG